UCUAUGCCCGUCGAGCAACACUCCAACAUGGCUGCUUCGUAGAGGCUCCUUGGCCAGCGCUGCGACUCGGGAAAAUGUCCUGCUGAGGAUUAGUAUGGCCGAUGUGGGCGACAAGGCAACCAGAAAUAAGAAGAAGAUUCGCAAAGUGUAUCAGAAGCCUGACAGGGAAUUUGAGACCUUCUUGCCUGACAGCAUGCGAGCUCCAGCAAUCCAGGUGUUGGGGAAGCCUCCCCACGAGUACAAAGGUGGCUCAAGCACCUACGCCAACCACUAUGAGCACCCUCAUCCCCACAACUGGGAGAAGCGAGGUGGAGGCCGCUACCAUGACGACUGGGACAAGAGGAGCAGCUACGGGAGCGGGAUGCUCAAGAUCAGCGAGGGCGGCCGCAACACCAUCUUCACCCGGGAUGCGGGCCGACCUCCCGGACGCGGCCAGGAGGCAGACAGAGGAGACCCUGAUGGCUCCCAAAGCGUUACCACGCCCACGCCUGUUAUCUUAUCCAGGGCGCGUAGCAACAGCGAGAACCGGUCAACCUCACCCAACCCAUCAGUGACUGCUGUGAGGAAGGAUUCAGUCCCCAGUGUUGUGACAGGAGGGAGUUCCAGCAGCCAGCAGUACCAGAUUGCUUCAAAGCCUCUCAUGGAAGGUUUGUCUUUCAUGUUUUCUGUGGUCAUUUGUUUGCAGAAGUACCAAAAUUUCUAGAGGAAAAAAUAUACUAUGUGACAACACCUCAUAAGAAUAAGGUGUUAUCCGUAUAAGGUGUUUAUGUUUGUUUGUGGUUGUGUUUAUCAUACAGAUCUUACACUAUUUUCCUUAUAAUAAACUGUAUAUAUAACUAGCUUCAUUAGCUCCACCAGUUGAUUUAUAAGCCUCUACAACCAUCUAAACCACGCCAACUCGCACUGGGCCAGCGCGGUGGGGUUGGUCCCAAACUCCCCAAACAUGAAACCAAGACAAUUGGGGAAGGCCUACGUCCAACAACGGACCCUCAAUGGCUGAUAGCACACAUAGCACACACACAACCCACACUGUGAGAGAAGGGAUUUAGCUUGUUUUAUCAGGAUCCUGACCACAAGAUAUAACACACUCAAAACUUCUUUAGUAGUUUCUCCUGGAUUAUCAAUACUUUUAAGAGCUUUUCAGUCACCUACAGAUGAUUCAAAAAGGUGUAAAUACCAAACAUAAACUUUAAUAUAAUGACUGACCUUGUUCAGAUCCUCAUUAUAAUGACAGACCUUUUAAAUCACUGAUGCUAGAAGUACAUGUACACACUCCCUGUCUAGUGUGAUUUUUGUUUAUUGAUUUUGUUUAUGCAUUGAUGGCACCUCAGUUGUUUACUCAACAAGGAACUAGUUACUAUGCCUACAUGAUCUCACCUGUUUACCCUCUCCUGAGAGAAAAAAAUUAAUAUCAUUGGUUUACUGAGAAUGUUAUAAUAUUGGUAAUGUCAACAAUGAUGAUAAUUUUGUUAAUAAGGCUAAUAAUGAUAAUAAGAUUAAAUUUUUUCCUCAAAUUUUCAAAGAAUGGGGUAAACAGGUGUGGGCAGGGAGAGCUAGCAAUUAACUCCUUGAUGACUAAGCACCUAUGAAGCCAUCUAUAUUAUCAAAUUUGACAAAACAAAUCUACAGUGGACACUGCAUGUACCUGGCACAUUGAGCACCUACUGGACUCCUUCCCAGCACUUCAUAACUUGGUGUAUGAGUGUUGCAGACAGUGAGUCAGGGGCUGCGACUUGGUGAAUAGAAGAUUAAUGAUAAUGGAAAGAUUCAUAUGUCUGUCUCCAUAUGCAAAGCAGUGUUUUAUAGUUUGAGCCAUUUUGAAGUACCUGUCAGCUGUCUUUGGAUUCAAAUUACUUUGAAGGCAGACUGUUUAUGCAGAAGUAUCUCAGGUUUAUUCACUCUGGCUUGUUAAGUAUAUGCUACAUUUUUACAUAGUUAAAAUAAAUUACUAUAGUAUUAAUUACAGGAGCAGUUAGUUCAGUUUCUGCAAAUGCCUUGAUUGCAAUUAACUGAAAUGUGUAAUAUACUCCUUUGUGUACAUUGUAGCCUACAUUCUUAUCUCUUUCUCCCUUGUCCAUUGCAGCCUCCUUGACCCCAGAGAGGAUGAUGAAGGGUCCAGCACGACUGCUGGAUGAGACCCUCAAUCUGUGACGACCUGCUUGUACUGUGGACAGAGCAUUCAUGUGUGGCUCUGAUGGGACACAAGGUCGCAAGUCUGUUCUGGCCUCUCUCUUUGUGGAUCCCGAGACAGAUAUAAAUAAGAUGAGGUCAUGCACUUUCCGGCCAGAGAGCUUGGAGCAGCUGAUGUCAGGAUGCCACGGCACCAACGGCAUUGACAUCUACAUCACCAGCCACCGCCUCUUCAUUCUGGACUGCCAGCCGCUCCUCUCACCCUCCAUUAUGGACCGCAUUGUCACCCAGGAGAAGAAGUUUACUUCAGACUACAAUUCGACAGAGAACUUGAUGGAAGUGGAGUCACUGCAGCUGCUGACACUGGUGAUGAGCAUUGCCCAUGUGGUCGUCCUCGUUCAGGAUUCUGGCACAGAUCCCAAUCUGAUUCGCCUCCUGCAGACAUGCGAGAUGAUGAAACCUUCGUCUUCCUCUACACCCUCCUCCUCCUCCUCUUCACCCUCAGCCCCAUCAGGAGGGGAUGAGACACAGCAGUACUUUCCACAUGUGGUGUUUGUGCACAACCGUGCUCCCUCCCAUCACUUUUCUCCCUCCACCUUGAAGAAGUUGCAGGGUGUGUACCAGGAAGCCUUUAUGGGCUCUUGCCUGGAGAAUGAGAGUCGUAUAGGGGCUUGCAAUGGCCUCACAUAUGCUCCACUGGCCCAGACAUCCUGUGGAAGUCUGGUCAACCUCUUCUUGUUGCCAGACUUACGCUCUCAGCCCCAGAGUCAUGUGAGGUUCUCUGAAGCCCUGCGUGAGAUGCGUCGGCAGGUGCUGAGUUUGCGUCGUCUGCCCCUUACCCACCUCACACUUACAGAGAAAUCCUGGUACCAGUAUGUGUGCCGCACAUGGGAGAGUGUGCGGAAGUGGAGCCUCUUCGUGGAGUACAGCCGCCUGCUGCCUUGAGCGGUGCCGGUGCUUGUAUCUGGACAUCUCCUGCCUGGCAUCAUCACCCUAGCUCUGUGGGUGUUGUGCCGCCCGUGACAGACGCCUGUCGCCACUCACUGCCCUGCUCUGCUCCCCACAUGGGACUGUCGCAGCCGGUCGGCUUGGCCCCGCCCCUGCCCCUCCCUCAUCCCCCAUGCCUCACAGCCAGCUGUGUGGAAGGGUCAUCAACCUGAGGGGGUCAGUGUGCAUGUGGGCACCGUGCCCAGCUGUGGGAGUGGCACUGCGUCGUAUGUUGUUUGGAGCUGCAUCCCAUAGGCCGUGUCUAUGGGGGCAGCAGUAAUCUGGCCCAACUGCUGUGUUGGGCCAACCAAGGUCGCAAGAUGUUUUUGUAUCGAAGUUACCCAUUACUCUCUUGAGCCGAUGUGUGGCCCAGAGCUCUUGGCUGCACACAGCAAUGCAAAAAAACUUUUCCUAUUCUGAUGAUUCAGAUGGAGAACAUACUUGCUACAUUACAUGUGUAAAGAGAGAGCAAAGUACUGGGGGCACACAGCUGCUGAAGAAGGUGAUGGGUAAGCGACUACAAGAACAACACCAAAGCUACAUCCCUGACCCUCCCGACAUGGGUCCUGGCUGUCUGUUCGUCACAUUAUUCAUCAUUAACAAAGGUGUGGUGAACACAGCAAUUCAGGAAAUUCACUAAUAUGGCAAUGAUUUUGCAAAACACUGAGAGAGUAAAUUAAAUUAUUACUGGUAGUUUUGAUUUCGUGCAAUAGCAUUAAUCAACAGGUAAAGUUUCCCAUAUCGAGAUUUUUACCUGAAUUCUCAAUCGUUACUUGACUUUUGGAAGUCUUGCUUUCUUCACACCUAUCAUAUUCAACAGUAUUAAAAAAAAAAAAAAAAAAAAAAGAGAGAGAAACAGACACACACACACACAAAAAAAUAUAAGUAUUAAAGACUCCAGAUGCUUUCAAAUAAUGAUUGAUAAUUCAGUUACUUGUUUAUGCUACUUCACACAACAUGCAAAGAUUUUGUGAUCCAAGAUGCUCAGAGUUGUCUCAUACACAAAAUCAAGCCAACUGCCGUCUGCUCUUCUAUAGCCCUCACAUCGGCAAUAUACAUCUGUGUCUUACCUUUAUAAUGUCUACUUGGUGAUAUUUUCAUGUCCAUCACCUUCCCUUCAGUCUUACAAACACCUUAAAGUCUGCCGGCAGUAUCUGCUUGAUGCUUGACUUUGGUUGUCAGUGUUAGAACUUAAUGCAAAAUUAAUCAACACCACUAAACACAGACACUUUUACUCACUCACACGACUUUUGUAUCAAUUAUAAUUGAUGCUGGUUCAAGUGAUAUGUUUGUCAUGUGACAUUUCUAUGGAAGGGAUUAAACCUUCACUGACAGAUGAUAGUUUGUGUUUAUUUCAAGAGUUUCAACAUGGUGAUGAUUGAUUAAUUACUUUCUGAUCACUUGAUAUGCCUAACAGUUGGAGCAUUGUCGGAGGUUGGCUGGCUGGCUGGCAGUACACAUUCGGGUACUGAUAAUAGCUAUGCAUCUUUUGUACCAAUGGCCAGCACUACUGUUAGGUUCAGUAACCCAUCCCUGAUCAACAAACUUGGGAGAGGUUGAGGUAAACUUUGGUGGGAAGCCUUGACCAUUUUAUGCCAGCCUCUCCAAGCAAGAGUAAUAUUUAGUAAUAUCUUACAGGUUCCAUGUAACACAUAUAAGUUAACCAUAAGUGGAGCAUGAAACACACUUAACAAGGGUUGCUAGGAGGAAGAUUAAGAUAGGUUUCUUGGGUCAGAAUUCGAGAAGGAUAAAGAUAAAGAGGAAAGCAAUCCUACGCUAGGAAUCCGUCUUCUAUCAUUUAUUCCUGCAUUUUAUGAACCCGGCUCAACGAUGUGUGAAUCGGCCACCUCACAUUAGCAACAGGAAAUGCAUCUUAGGUAUUUCAUCUUCCUAUUAGCGAAACCAUGAGUCUUAGGAAAGCACUUGGGUCAGUUGACUAUCAAUACAAGUCAAGAGGUGUAAAAAGUAAAAAAAUCUUAAAUAUUAGUUUGUGAUUAUUGAUAAUGAAUUUUUAUUAUUAUUAUUAUUAUUAUUAUUAUUAUUAUUAUUAUAUAUAAUUGUUAAAAUCAUUUUUUAUAUUCAUUUAUUUCCAACUUUAAAGAGCAUGACUGACAUUUCUCUCCAACGGCAAGAUUCAAAGGGAAAGUGUGUGUGAGGUAGGAAGGGUUACAUGAGAAAUUAGAAAAUCGGGAAUUUAAUCAGAAAACCCUCUCUCAUGAAAGUUUUCAAUUUUCUUAAUCCAGGAGUAGGAAAUGUAUAAAAUAUAUAUCCUGUAACACUAAAAGCUGUGGUAAGAAUACACUUUCCAUACAAGUUAUUAUUUACAGGGGAAAACUUGGAAGAAACCAACACUAAAAAGCCAGCUUCGCUUAAUUAAGGGGGACUCUUCUGUAGGGUGAAAACUCCAGUAGUUUGGCAAAGUCGCUUCAUUAUCAUAGUCGUGUAAUGUGUCUACCAAGAUAUAUUUCUAUAGCUCCCAACAAAGCUUGUUUGCCUAUUAUGUUAUAUAUGAAUUUCUGAAUGAAUGGAAUACUCUAUGUGAAAGUUGUCACUCUUGUCAUGGUGUCCCGAGUAGGUCAUAUGUACCUACUUCUCUGAGGUUGAAUUAGCAUUUGCAGAGUGAAUGCAAAUUUGCCACACCUUUUCAGCUCAUUCAUGAAAGUUUCAAGCAGAUAAUUUAAGUUAACAAAGAAUAACCUGUUAUGAUAACUGAAUUGGGGGGGAAACUAUAACAUUGAGGAAGAAAUACUGUAUGAUAUGUGCUUAGUUUUGUUUGAGGAAAUUGUUAUUUUGUUCGUAUUGGUAUUAAAUGUUUCAAAAGUCA